AUUUCAAGGCUUUCAAUGGCGUCCUCCUCUUGGUUUCAAAUUAAAGUCAUUGGUUUGCUUCUCCUUUUAUCCAUGCUCCAAUUUCAAGUUUCUUUUGGUGGUGGAGAAGGAUCGCUUAAACCACAAGAUUGUCCAUGGGCUUGUGACUACCGAUGCUCGAAGACUCAUCAUCGAAAGCCAUGCUUGUUGAAUUGCAACAAAUGCUGCAAAAAAUGCCUUUGUGUACCCUCGGGAACUUAUGGCCACAAGGAGGAAUGUCCUUGUUAUUGUAAUUGGAAAACCAAGAAAGGGACUCCAAAAUGUCCCUAAACAUAAAAUUACAAUUGAGAUUUGAAUAACAUAUUAAGUUUUGACAAUUUUUAUUGUAUU